AAGCACCCUUGCAUGAAGGAGAGUUCAGCAUGCGGCUCUGCCAUAGCGCUGUCUCAAGGCUCGAGGUCUGUUGCCUUCCCUGUCAAUAUAUUUUUCUUCUUUCCUCCCCUCCAGAUCACGGCUGUCUUGGGAGAGCAGGCUCUGAUGGGAGCAAGAAUGCUCAGGAUGCCCAGCUGCCUCCUAAAACUGACCAGGGUGGUGCUCAGCCACAAGCUCAGGGCUCUGUUUAUCCUUGCCUUUAAGUUCAUGUCCUUUGCCUCCAUCAUGUUGUACUGGAGAAUGGCAGAGGACCCUAAGGGCAGAGGCCAGCUCUACAGCUUGCCUGUUGAAAUCCACUGUGCUCACUCUGUGCCUUCUCCACACUCCAUUGCUGGUGGGCCCCCUCCUUCCCCAGGGAAUGUGUUUUUUGUGGAGACAUCGGAGCGAACUGACCCAAGUUACCUGUUCAUGUGCUCUGUGGAGUCAGCAGCGAGGACGCACCCUGGGACAAGGGUCGUGGUGCUCAUGAAGGGCUUGGCAAACAGGAACGCCUCGUUACCCAAACACUGGGGCUUCUCGUUGCUGAGCUGCUUCCCCAAUGUGGAAAUCCAGCCCCUGGACUUGACAGAGCUUUUCUCUGGAACACCUCUGGCAAAGUGGUACUUGCAGGCUCAGCAGCGCUGGGAGCCUUAUUUCUUACCUGUCCUGUCCGAUGCCUGCAGAAUUGCCAUCAUGUGGAAAUUUGGUGGCAUCUACCUGGACACAGACUUCAUUGUGCUGAAGAACUUGAAGAACCUCACCAAUGUGCUUGGUAUCCAGUCCAAGUACGUACUGAAUGGGGCCUUUCUGUCCUUUAAGCCCAAACACAAGUUCAUGGAACUUUGCAUGCAGGACUUUGUGGAGAACUACAACAGCUGGAUCUGGGGACACCAGGGCCCACAGCUCCUAACACGUGUGUUUAAGAAGUGGUGCUCCAUCAGGAGCCUUCGGAGUAGUACAAGCUGCAAAGGAGUGAGUGCUCUUCCCCGUGAGGCUUUUUAUCCCAUUCGGUGGCAGGACUGGAAGAAAUACUUUGAAGUGGUCAGCUCCUCGGAGCUUCACCACCUCUUUAAUAACACCUAUGCAGUGCAUGUAUGGAACAAGAAGAGCCAAGGGACAAGAUUAGAGAUCACAUCCCAGGCUUUGCUGGCUCAACUGCAUUCUCACUUCUGCCCUGCCACCUACGAUAUCAUGAAGAAGGACUCUGUACGGCAGUGACUCAAUGGUCAGCUAAGAGAUGUUGCCUGAGAGCUCACAACUCUCCCCAGCUGUUCCAUCACAAAUGAACUUUCUUUUGAAGUGAGGAGGUGAGAGUUGAGGAUAAAAGCCAUUUGUGGGGUGUAGGUAGAGCCUGAAGCUUCAGCCAGUGUCUAUGCAGCUCUUUGUCUUGACUAUAACUGCCUACCAGUAACAUUUGUUUCUCUGAAGGACUUUUCUUCUCCUUUGGUCAGGCAAAGAAAUCUCAGGAGAAGAGCAAGUACCGGUCCACUUGUGACAGCCUACAUCAGCCUUUCAGAGGAAUAAGGCCCCUUUCUGUGGCUGUAAACCUGCAAGAGGCCCUUGUAGAAAUGCGUAUCUCAUUGACUGAUUCAUAGGAUUUCUAAAGCGCAGUCCUCAGAGCAAUGGAAGUGCAGAAGAGCAAAGAACAGGAAUGAGGAGCAAGUUAAGGAUGUGCUAGAGAAGGUGCCCUGAGAAAAAUGUAGAAGAAAACAGACAAGAAAGAGCUAAGGCAGCUUCUUUUUCUUUUCUUUCCUUUCUCUUCUGAAGUUUUUGGUGGAGGAGACUUUCUCAUGUCUGGUUUGAGCAGGCAGCAGGAUGCUGCAAUCUCUGUUUAAUGUCCUAGGUCUAAAGAUGUAAAAACCUGGCGCAACUCAGAACAUGAGGAUCUCAGUCCAGCUCGUUGUUUAGAAGGAGCUUUUGUGAAGCAAUGACUGAUUUUAUAGUAGUGGCAAAUUAACACCCUGUGAUGAACAGGAAAGCUCACCUAAAUCACGCCUUAAAUUGUACCUGACACAGGAAAAGCUGAACUGUCUUUUACACUGAGUUUGUCUUUGUGACCAGAUGUCUGUAACUGCAUCUAAGAAGCACCAGAUCUUUCAGCACUUGGAUGGAUCCUGAAAGAAAUGCAUUAUGUUUCCAAAUAUUUCCAAGGUUACAGAGAGGACAGAUAGGAAACCUGUACUGUCUGAAUUCGUUUAUGAGUCAUUUAUGGUGAACAUCUUCAAGUAGCCUGCAGUACUCCUGCAAUUCACUGUCUAGGAGUACAAUUCUCUUCUAGAAGGUCUUGAGAAAGACAGUGGGAAGUUUUACUCUUCUCCCUGAGCAUCUUCCUGAAUUGUAGUGGAGAAAAUUAACAUAUCUUUCACAAGAUGCUGUUGUGCCUUUGAGGGUUCCCACCACAGAGGCAAGCUUGGACAAACUGUGGGAGAAAUCUGCCCCUUUAUGGCCAAAAGGAUUUACCGAUGCUCUUACUGUUCUUGUCAGAAAAUAGUGGGGAAAGAGCAGUGAGAAACAAGAAUAUGACCAAGACCAUCAGCAUCGUUACAUCUGGACCCCCCCACACUCUAAAGGGGAUUGGUAAAGCACAUGAGCUUGACACUAUGAUAGGCUUAAUGCAGAUGGGCAAAGCAUUGGCCAUUUCCUCUUGUACUGUAAAAUACUUUCUGCCUCCAGUGUGUCUCCUAUUCUUAAGCUUUGGAACAGCAGUGGGGUGGUCCAAUGGCCCCUUUGAUGAACAUAAGUCAGUCAGAUCGUCAAUGUCAGCUGGCCUCAAAGUGAGAGCUCUUUCACAUGGUAUUUCCUGCAAACCCUCUGAGUGUGACUCAGAUGAUUUCUAGGGCUGCAGUUGUCUGAGGCCUCUUCUGUUUCCCAGGUUAACCAAAAGCAAUGUGAGGUUUGCUCAGUUCAGCCAAAGCAGUGGUCAGAAACGUAAAAGAUUGUGCAUGCAACAUUUCUCUGUUUUUUUCUCAGGUUUGUCUCUUCUUUGAUGAGACUUUUUUAUAGAAAUGAGAGAGACAAAUUGCCCAUAAUUUUUACGAAACAACUCCCUGCCCCUCAAGGAACAUGGCCAUGGGAGCUUAAGGAGGAUGUGCACUACUUGUCAAAUGCUGAGCUGUCUGGUGUCGAUCGGAGGCUACUGCUGCUUUGAUUGAAUGCCUGCCUGUGAGCCUGGCAGGGCAUGAGGCCUGUGCACAUGUAGCCACUCUGGAGUGAGGGAGGUGCUGUAAACACCCCUCCAGUGGCUGGCAUCACGCGUGUGUGUGUAUAUAUAUGUAGAGCUGCCCUUUCGUUCUGCCCAGUUUUAUGGUAUAUCCUG